AAAGGGGAGGGAGGGAACCUAGCUACCACGAAAACCCCAGAAGAAAUGAGGCGUCAUCAUGGAGCGCUAGCUGCUCUGCUCGUGCUCCUGUGCGUCGUCCAUGGAGGCCGAGGAGCAGAGGCCAGGGGAGGCGGGUUCGUGCGGGCGCAGGGUACCCGCUUCGUGCUCAACGGGAACCCCUACUACGCCAACGGGUUCAACGCCUACUGGUUAAUGACCAUGGCCGCCGACCCCGCGCAGAGGGGCAAGGUCACCUCCGCGCUCACCCAGGCCGCCGCCCGGGGCCUCACCGUCGCCAGGACAUGGGCCUUCAGCGACGGCGGAAGCAAUGCGCUGCAGUACUCGCCAGGCAACUACAACGAGAACACCUUCAAGGGGUUGGAUUUCGUGCUGUCUGAGGCUAGGAAGACUGGGGUUAAGGUGAUACUGAGCCUUGUGAACAACUAUGAUACCUUUGGAGGGAAGAAGCAGUAUAUGGACUGGGCCAGAGGGCAAGGGCAAGCCGUUGGAUCUGACGACGAGUUCUUCACCAACGCUGUUGUCAAGGGCUUCUACAAGAACCAUAUCAAGACCGUGCUGACUCGGGUGAACACGGUGAGCGGGGUGGCGUACAAGGACGACCCGACGAUCCUGGCGUGGGAGCUGAUGAACGAGCCCCGCUGCCAGUCCGACCUCUCCGGGCGCUCCAUCCAGUCGUGGAUCGCCGAGAUGGCGGCGCACGUCAAGUCCAUCGACGGCAACCACAUGCUGGAGGCCGGCCUGGAGGGCUUCUACGGCACCUCGUCGUCGGUGAACCCGGCCGGCCACCUGGUGGGCACCGACUUCAUCGCCAACAACCAGGUCCCCGGCAUCGACUUCGCCACCGUGCACUCCUACCCGGACCAGUGGCUCUCCAGCUCCGAUGACCGCGCGCAGCUCAGCUUCCUGGUCCGGUGGCUGGACGCGCACAUCGCCGACGCGCAGCGCACGCUGCGGAAGCCGCUGCUCAUCGCCGAGUUCGGCAAGUCGCAGAGGGACCCCGGGUUCACCAGCGCCCAGCGGGACGCGCAGUUCGGCCUCGUGUACGCCAAGAUUUACCAGUCCGCGCGCACGGGCGGGCCGGCCGUCGGCGGUCUCUUCUGGCAGCUCAUGGCCGACGGCAUGGACUCCUACGGGGACGGCUACGAGGUCAUCUUCGCCGAGGCGCCGCCCUCCACCACCGCCGUCAUCACGACGCAGAGCCGGAAGCUCAAGCUGCUUGGCAAGGCGUUGGCGAGGGGGGCGACCGGCAACGGUGGCAACUAGCCAAUUCCAGAGAUGAUCAUCACGCCAUCACGGAGAAAGAGUGUGUGUUUUACGUGUGAGUUACGCCCUCCUCGAGAUGA